GCCCGACGGCGGAAGCUAGGGUUUCCCAAAUCCCUAAAUUCCCAAUUGUGCCGCCUUCGAAAUUCAGCUCCAUUCCUUCAGCUCCAUCCCACCCAAUUCAAUUCGCUUCUUUUUCUUCUUCCUGUAAUUCACCCAAACUCUAGAAAUUUCUUAGCUUUCUGGGUUCUAGAGGGUCUCUGAUAAUCCAAUCGGCGGCGAAAUUCGAGCUUCAGAUUCGGUUGAGUAUGGCGAGGCCGGUGCUGGAGAACCCUUGUGAGCAGGGGAUUGCGAAAGCUUCGACAAGCAUGUGCAUUCCACCCGAGGCUCAGUGCCCUGUGCGCAAGUGGUGUUUUACGAAACAGGAGAUUGAAGACUCUCCGUCCCGGAGGGAUGGCAUUAGCACAAAGAAAGAGUCGCAUUUGCGGAGUUCAUACUGCUCGUUUCUUCAGGAGAUUGGGAUGAAGCUUAAAGUGCCACAGUUGACAAUAUCAUCUGCAAUGAUGUUGUGCCACCAGUUUUAUAUGCGUCAAUCUCACGCUAAGAAUGGUUGGCAGACAGUGGCCACUGCAAGCAUCUUUCUCGCAUGCAAAGCAGAAGAUACACCACGCUAUCUGAACGAUGUCGUUGUCGUUGCAUAUGAGAUGGUGCACAAGUUUGAUUCAUCUGCCUUGCACCGUAUCAGGCAAAAAGAAUUUGUCAAUAAGCAAAAGGAAUUGAUCCUAGUUGCGGAGAGACUUCUCCUGUCAACAAUUGGCUUUGAUCUGGACAUACAGCUUCCAUACAAGAUACUUGUUGCUGCUUUAAAGAAAUUAGAUCUUCUCCCUGACCUUGCUAAGGCAGCUUGGAGUUUUGUUAAUGAUUGGCUUCGCACAUCAUUGUGCUUGCAGUACAAGCCCCAUUACAUUGCAGCUGGUUCAGUCGCUCUUGCUGCUAAUUUUCAAAAAGUGAAACUACCUAAAGAGAAGGGAAAAGUUUGGUGGAUGGAGUUUGAUGUUACGCCGAAGCAGUUGGAUGAGGUCAUUCAGCGGAUGCAUAGUAUGUUCAAGCCUGUACCGGCUAAAACUGGGAAGGCCGUUCAACCUGAAACUUUACCAAAGAAGCCAAUUGAUAGUAGCCCUCAAUCAUGUAUUUCAAGUGAAGCAAUAGUAGACCAGCAUUCUAAGCAUGGCGCCACUGCGGAUGAUAGAGGAUUGGGAGGAGAGUCUGUUGUGUCUUCAUGCAAGGAAAAUCUUGGAGGUGAGAACAAUGUUACUGGGAAGGAUGCUUUACCAUGCCAGACGAAUGAUAGUAGUGUUGUCAAGGCUGGUGGUGGUGAGAUCAAGCCAAUAAGAGGUGAAUCGGAUGAUCAGAGCUCAAGAUGCAAAAUUGUUGAUGUUCCUAAAAGCUGUGGUAAGAUCGAUAUUAACCGGAUUCGAGAAUUGAAGAGGAGAAGAUGUGAUAAAGGUGUAAAUAAGAAGUUGGCGGGCUCCACAACUGAUGAGUUAGAUCCUGAAGCCUGGAUAGAAAGUGAGCUUGAAAACGGAGUAGAGCUUGAAGAUGCAUCUGCUGCAAAGAAACAAAGGAAGGCCUAAUUAUGUUGAGGAA